CUGGCGCCACCCGGCGGUGCCAGUCCCCCGUCGCCGCGGUCCCACAGCCGGAGCACGUCAUGGAGACGGAAGCGGCGGUUGGUGGCUCGGUGGAGGCUGCGUUGGCGGGGUCUGGAGCGGGGGCAGCGGGGCCCCUGAUACCGCAGGAGACGACAAGGGAGGGCGAGAGCGCCGUGGAGUCGGCUGCAGCGGCGCUCUCCUUCCCUGAUCCGGAAAACGGCGGCAACUGCGCGGACGGGCUCUGGGAGCUGCCGGUAGAGCACGCCUUGAGGAGGCCGGAAUGCAGCCGCUGCAGCCGUCCACAGAAGGUCUGCUUAUGUCCAUUUCUGCCAGUACAUCCUCUAAAUAUCUCUACCAACCUGUACAUAAUUCAACAUCCAGCAGAGGAAAACAAAGUAUUAAGGACAGUACCUCUGCUUGCUGCAUGCCUUCCCCAGGACAAAGUUAAGGUCAAAAUUGGUCGACGCUUCAGUGAAGAAAGAGAUCCUGAACUUUCAGCUAUUUGCCGAAAUCCUGGCACUUUAAUUUUGUAUCCUGGUGCUGAAGCAAUUAAUUUGGAAGAAUUGAUAUCAAAUUCUCCUAAUCAUCUUUCUACUAUCAUCAUCAUUGAUGGGACAUGGAGCCAGGCUAAAGACAUUUUCUACAAGAAUUCCCUGUUCCGACUUCCUAGACAGGUACAAUUGAAAACCAGUGUUUCUAGUCAAUAUGUGAUUCGGACACAACCAACCAAUAGGUGCCUUUCUACACUAGAAUGUGCAGCUGUUGCACUUGCCAUCUUGGAGAAAAAUGAUCACAUUCAAGAGACAUUGCUUCGACCUCUUCAAGCUUUGUGUUCUUUCCAGCUUCAGCAUGGUGCUCAGAUUCGUCUCAGCAAGGAGCACCUCUUGAAAAAUGGUCUUUAUCCUAAGCCCAUGCCAAAAAAUAAACGCAAACUAAGGAAAAUGGAGCUCUUAAUGAAUAGUGUUAAAAUUUAGGGAAAUUAUCCUUGUGGUGUUAGUAUACAUAUUCAAUCGCAACUUACAACACCAAACUCAUUUUUCAGCCUACAAAUAGCUCUGUAAGUUGCUGACUGACUCAACAAAAGAAUUACACAAGAAUCUUGCCCAGAGUUGGGAAAUGAAACAAAUAGUUUUUUUUAAACAUUAAAAGGCAUGAUUUUAUUUUUCAAAAAUGUCUAUUAAAAUAAUUUUUGCAACUCCUGUAAUGAAAAACAGUUAAUUGCUAUUCUAGAUAAACAAUGUCCAUUCAAGGAAUUACCCUUUAUAAAGAGAGGAAAAUUGUUGCAACUAAGACAAUAUUGUUUAAGAUACUAUGUAAUAUUUGGUAAAGAUUCUGCAGUAGUAAAGCCCUGCAUCAAUUUUUCACUUUUGUACAAGAACUUUAUAGAUGUUGGUCAGUAGCUUAAAAAGAAUCAAGUGAAUUGCAGCAUAUUAAAAUCUUUGCAUUUUUAUUUUAAUAAAAAUUAUAACAGAGUAAGGAAAAUUCGUUUUCCUGCUACACUUGGACACAAGAGUGGGAUUUAAGAACUUAUUAGGAGAGACUAUAACUUCAUAUUUUAGGGGUUGCAUAUAGUUUUGAAAAUUAAUGUGUAUUUUUCAGUUGCAGUCAUUCUCAAUGAGAAAGUUUCUGUUUUUCAUAGUUCUUAGACAGAUUUGUUGACUGACAAUAAGCCAUGUUUUGUUGAAAUUUUCAUAAGUAACAAAAGUGGAAUAAAAAACAUAUAGUAUUCCAUGUGCCAUUGUUAUGGAAUAUCAUUAGGAUCAUUGUAAUAUAAAGGAUCAAUUUUUUUUAAAAUUUAAGAGAAAACUCUCUAAGUAGAAACAAGCUACAUUCUCCAACUUUGGGGAAAUAUUUGUGAAAUUUCAUAGAGAAUGUUUGAACUACAUGUUUUGUGAAUUAAAUAUACCCCUUAGGCCAUUAGAAGAAAUGUUUAUGUGCACAUUUAUAUUUAACUUAAGUCAUAUGCAGAGGUAUGUGAAUUUUGACAAUAAAACAACAUUGUUUCCUUA